CUCACAAGGUUACCUUGUAGAUUGCAGAAUGAGACUAUAUCAUACCGGUUGGCAACACCGAGGAAAUUAGUGACUCAUAGUGCGACCUCCGAGUUCCUCAGCAAAUAAAGUGUAUCUCGACUUCAUCUAGUACCAAGGCGUAGACGUUGUUGGGGGCUUUGACCAAUGUGAUGUUGGUGUAGCUCACGACAUCUGUGACAAAGCACUUGAAGUCGAUGAUGUGGUUGUGAUUCGAGCCAAGGUGGAUGUAGCAGACAAACGGACUUUGAAGAGAGUUGUGAAGAAAAUGACUACGUUAUUUGGUCAUUCUGUCACGUGUCUCUCACUUAAUAAUCUUCUUAUAGUGGCGUUCUUGGCUCGUGAAGAUCAACUUAUCAGCCAACAGAAAUAUACUGAAACUAUAUCGAUAAGCUAGAUUCCUCGCUAAAGAUGACAACUUAGCAGCGAAGAAAUGUGCGGUCGAUGCGAAGGACCAUUUCUAGUGCGUUUGGCAAGGUGGUCAUAAUGAUGAGAUUGUACGAUAGGACGUCACUCGAGCGCCAAAAUGUUUCUCGUAACAAUAUCCAUCAGAUGAUGUCUUCUAAAUCCACUAAAAAGAAUAUCUACAAGCUCAAUCAACAUAUAUUCGCAUUCUUGAUUUCUAGGUAUCGAAAGUGAUGCACCCGAGUGUUGAUGAUCACUCU